GGCACCGACUGUCAAAGUCUCGAGCAAAAAGAAUCUGAAGUUACAUGUUUUUAUUUGUAAUUAAAAAUUGCCAGUUUUCAAUUCAACAUAAUUAAUUUCCAUUAAAAGAUUGUCCGUAUCAAUAGGCAGAAAGUUAAUCUACAUUUACCAUUGUAUGGUGCUAUCGAUAUUUGCGAGUGCUUGGACGCUGUUUUAAUUUGACUCAGUGCAAGAUCAAUUUGCUCACAUAGGACGUUGAAAUGAGUUUUUUUGGAUUUGGGCAGUCUGCCGAAAUAGAUGUUUAUCUGGAUGGCCAGGAAACUCGUAAAACAGCAGAAGUAAAAACUGAAGAUGGCAAAAAAGAAAGGCUUCUCCUAUAUUAUGAUGGCGAAACCGUAAUUGGAAAGGUAAAUGUCAGUCUCAAAAAACCAGGCAGCAAGUUGGAACAUCAGGGUAUCAAAAUCGAAUUCAUCGGCCAGAUUGAAAUGUUUUACGACAGGGGUAACCAUCACGAAUUUAUUUCUCUAGUAAAGGAAUUGGCACGCCCUGGGGAAAUGAUUGCACAUACCAGCUACCCGUUUGAGUUCAGUAACGUGGAAAAACCUUUUGAAGUUUACACUGGAGGUAACGUACGGCUAAGAUAUUUUCUACGAGUAACAAUAAUUCGUCGACUGGCCGAUAUUGUAAAGGAAUUGGAUAUUGCAGUGCAUACUUUAUGCAGUUAUCCAGAAAUGAACAAUUCAAUAAAAAUGGAAGUUGGAAUUGAAGACUGUUUACAUAUUGAAUUCGAAUAUAAUAAAUCUAAGUAUCAUUUAAAGGAUGUAAUAGUGGGUAAAAUAUACUUUCUGUUAGUAAGGAUAAAAAUUAAACAUAUGGAAAUUGCUAUAAUCAAAAGAGAAACGACAGGUUCAGGGCCUAAUACCUUCACAGAUAACAUUACCAUUGCAAAAUAUGAAAUUAUGGAUGGAGCUCCAGUAAGAGGCGAAAGUAUUCCAAUCAGAGUAUUUUUGGCCGGUUACGAUUUAACUCCCACCAUGAGAGACAUAAACAAGAAAUUCUCUGUGAGGUAUUUCCUAAAUUUGGUUUUAAUGGACACAGAAGACAGGAGAUAUUUCAAGCAACAGGAAAUUACUUUAUGGAGAAGAGGUGAUAAAGUAAGGAAGCCAAACAUCCAAUCUCCAGCUAUAAUGGCAGGUACUCAGAAUUUAGAAAAUACUGCAGCUGUAUAUGGGCAUCAGAACAAUGGUAGCCAAAAUGAAACUGAAGCUGAUGAUGACAACGAGGAGAAAAGUGAAAAUGCACCGGUUAAAGAAGAUUUUUUAAGAUCGCAGUCUACCGACCAGUUGAACAACACUGUAACUGAUCCAUUUGAUCAUGCCAAUAUGUCACCCACUGAUAGAAGUCCUGAGAAUCAAAUUCAAAAUAUGAAACGUGAGGAAGGGGACGGACAGAACGACAUUGGAAAUGAUGUAUCUGUUGAGUGAUAUUGCCAGAUUGUAUCUGCAGUCCAGCUGUGAUGUUACGCAAAAUGAUGGCUGAACUAUUUAGGAAAAGACACUGAGAAUAAACUAGAGGGCGUGAACGGCCAGAGCGAAUGCGUAAUAAAAUAAAUAAAGUUAGCACUCUAGUUGAUUGAAUGUAGAAUAUGGAAUAAGUCUUAAUUUUAUUUUUACUCUUUUAUAGCCAUAGUUCAAUGUUAAUUUUUGGUGUUCUGUUCAAGAAAUGUCCGAAAUUAAAUUUCGGUUUUUAUUGCGAGAGGCCGAUUAUUAAUUGUAUAUGUAUCAAUUAUUAUGAAAUAAUUUUUAAAAUCGCUCAUUUUACAUAAGACAUACUUAAAUUCUCUCCUUAAAAUAAAUCUUGGAAAGUAAUCACAUAAUUAUAUUCUUUCACUUUCGAAUAUUAUGUUAACGAAGAUUACUGGUUGGCACAAAAAUUUUUCAAAACAAAGUUUAAAUUUAAAAAUACCUCAGUCAAAUAUUUUGAGGAAUCAACUAACCAGUUCCCUGAAAAAUGAUAUUGUAUAUAUUUUUUUAUCUACAAGGUGUUUUUGUAUAUUAUUUAUUGCUUAUUUUGAAUUCUACAUUUUAUAAAAAAUAAAAACGGCUUUAUAAAGUAAUUUGUAAAUAAUGUUAAUAUAUAUUUACUGUUAGAGGCAAAAUGGAACUGUCAUUCUGUAUAUUCAGAACAAAAAAAGAAAAAACGUUAUAACGAUUUACACAAGGUUUUAAAUUAAUAUUAUUAUUAUUAUUAUUGUAUAUUAUUAUUAUUAUUUCUCAUAAUAGCUAAAUAAAAAAUGUUUAAAAAAAAGCAUUUUUGUAACAUUCUUCAACUCUGGAAGAAUUUCAUUAUCUUUUAUCAGAUAAUUCUAGAUUUCUGCCAGGUUCCACUGAUCCAUUUUAUGGAAAUCCAUAUUGUUGCUUGUAUCCUAUUGUCACGAAUCCUAUCUCGCUCCGCUAUGUAGCUCGAUUAUUCACCCUGAAACAGAACGGGAAGGGUAAGGGUAAAGGAACACCACCACAAUUAGGUUAAUAAGUCUGGUUGGGUCUUCUUGCUGAGUUUCAGUUAUUUGUUUUAAUCCGUGGGUCAGUGUAUUAAAUUUGGUUGUAGCCCGUGGUCCCAUGGUUGAGGGAAUUCUCAGAAACAGGAAAAUACCAGUGGCGUACACUCGAUCGACCUACAAAUAAAUGGAGAACCACAGGAAAAUAUGCAAAACUGUAUGAUUAUUCAAAAACUGUACAUAGGAUUGUAU